AUGUCACUUUGUGAACUUAAUAAAAAUGGUGUAAAAAUUCCCGCAGUAGGCUUGGAUAAUAUUUAUGGAGACAAUGAAAUUCUCCUUUCAAAAGUUCUUAAAGAUCGUCGUAAUGAAGUGUUUCUUUGUUCAAAAUUUGGCAUUGUUAUAGAACCAAAUGGUGAAUUUAAAGGUAUAUCAGAAACUCUUCGACGUGCUUAUAAAGUUCAUCCUAUUGCUGCAGUUCAAUUUGAAUAUAGUCCUUGGACUCUUGAUAUUGAAACAAAUGGAAUUAUGGAAGCUUGUCGUGAAUUAGGUGUCACCAUAGUAGCUUAUAGUCCACUUGGACUCGGAUUUUUAACAGGAAAUUAUAAGUCUAUCGAUGAUUUUGAAUCAGAUGAUUAUGAGUUUAGAAGAUUGAUUCCACGUUUUCAAGGUGAAAAUUUCAAUAAAAAUUUGGAAAUUGUACAUAAAUUUAAUGAGUUUGCGGAAAAGGAAGGUGUAACUUCGGGUCAGCUUUGUUUAGCAUGGGUUCUAGCUCAAGGAGAUAAUAUGGUUGUUAUUGCUAGCACAGGAAAAAUUAAACAUUUAGAAGAAAAUGUUGAAGCAGUAAAAGUUAAUCUUAGUUCUGCUGAAGAAUUAUCUGAAAUUAGGAAAAUUAUUAAUUCUAUUGAAAUUAUUGGUAAUAGAUAUAAUGAUGAUUAUAUGAAGGGAAUGAUGGAGUACUUUUGGCCCAUCCGCCGUCUGAAGAUAAUAAAAUGGGUAACAUAA